AUGGAAGCGAACAAGGAGGGAAGAGAGCAGCAGCAACAGGAGAGGAAAGCUGCUGAUUCUGAUGGAAAAACGACGUCGUUGGUUGAUCCGAUGACUAAGGCUAGGGAAGUGCUUCGGGAAGCUAUCAUCACCGAAACUGGGGAAGGUGGUGACAAUUCUGGGGCUGAGAAAGAAGAAGCGGCGAAGAAACAUCCUGACCAAUUUCUAGUUUUCUCUAGGGCUGUUGACAACGUCUCCCCGAGAGAGANGUUGGUUGAUCCGAUGACUAAGGCUAGGGAAGUGCUUCGGGAAGCUAUCAUCACUGAAACUGGGGAAGGUGGUGACAAUUCUGGGGCUGAGAAAGAAGAAGCGGCGAAGAAACAUCCUGACCAAUUUCUAGUUUUCUCUAGGGCUGUUCACAACGUUGAUUCUUCUCUUGAAUGA